AGAGUCAGUGUAUGACCUGCUCCCUAAAGAGCUGCAGUUGCCCUCAGUCGUACAGCAGGACAACCCCACCAUGAGCCAGAAGAGCGGUGGAGAGGCCGGACCUCCCCCUCCGGCUGCCCUGGCCUCAGGAAGCUGAGGGAUCUUUAAGUGAAGCAGCCCAGACAAAUAUCAGUGUUUUUGCAGCAAUAAAUUUGAGGUAAAACAAUCAACCAAAAGCAAAUCCACCACCAAAUUAGGACAGUGAGAAAACCAAUUCUUGAUUCUGUACGAGAACUGGCCCAUUAAAUUUGUAAUCUUAAAAACCAGAUGUUUUUAUGAAUAUUAUGAUUUUGCUCAAAUGAUUCUGACCAAAAAUUUGCUGAUAUCUACAUUGGAUGACCAGCACUUAUUGUUUAUUCGCUGUCAUUUGUCGUUUUUAUUCCAGGGAGUUCCCUCUGAAUCAGGGAGAGUCUGCAUAUAAAAUGGUCUGCAGUUCUCUGCUUCGUAGAUGCUGCUGCCACUUGCGCCGCUGCCUCCUCCCCUGGAGGACUCAGCAGUACACUUCCUUCCUGUCCCAGCAUGCUCUCUGCUACUUCAGCCCAAGAGCAGGCUUCCAGGCUGCACGGCGGUCCCGCCGCAGAGGGGAUGCCGGAGCGAAUGGGUGUGGAGCCUGGAUCGGUGGUGGCUAUCAGUGCGGUAGACACUGUCGGAGCCACGCAGAGCCAGGCGACCCCCUCCAAGCGGCGGACCGUCCUGAGCAUCUCUCCACCUCCGGAGGACCUGCUGGAUGACAGUCGGAUGUCCUGCCAGGAUGAUCUGCUUCCCAACCAGGACUCGGAGCAGAGCGGCAGCAUGUGGAUGGACGACUCCGUGUCCAACUUCAGCAUGGGCAGCAGCAAUUCGUACAACGACAAUACUGAAGUGCCCAGAAAGUCUCGGAAGAGAACUCCUCGACAGCGGCCGGGGCCCAAGCCCGCGGCCCGGGACGAAGCCGGCAUGGACGUGUUCGACGCGGAUAGCGCUAAAGCGCCGCACUUUGUUCUUUCACAGCUGGGUUCGGACGCCAAAGUCACACCCAAAGUGAGCUCCCUGGAGGUGUCAAACAAUCAGAAGGGGGGGAUUCUUUCCAUUCAGUACCCGCAGAAGAGUGAAGGGAAGGAGCUGAAGAUUUUAGUUCAGCCGGAGACGCAGCACAGAGCACGAUACCUCACAGAGGGAAGUAGGGGAUCUGUCAAAGACCGUACCCAGCAAGGAUUUCCUACAAUCAAAUUAGAGGGAGUCAGUGAACCAGUGGUGCUCCAAGUAUUUGUGGCUAACGACGCUGGACGUGUGAAGCCUCAUGGGUUUUAUCAAGCCUGCAGAGUGACGGGGCGCAACACAACGGCCUGUAAGGAAGUGGAUAUCGAGGGGACCACAGUUAUUGAAGUAAACCUUGAGCCAACCAACUCUAUGACUCUAGCCGUGGACUGUGUUGGAAUAUUAAAGCUGAGGAAUGCUGAUGUUGAAGCUCGUAUAGGAGUUGCUGGCUCCAAAAAGAAGAGCACCCGAGCUCGUUUGGCCUUCAGAGUCAACAUCCCAAGAGCGGACGGAUCUGUCCUAACCCUCCAGGCCCUCUCCUCUCCUAUCUUAUGUACUCAACCAGCUGGAGUGCCUGAAAUACUUAAAAAGAGUCUUCACAGUUGCACUGUCGCAGGAGGAGAGGAAGUCUUUAUCAUCGGCAAGAACUUUCUCAAAGGAACCAAAGUUCUUUUUCAGGAAAAUUCUACAGAUGAGAGUGGCUGGCAGGCUGAAGCAGAAAUUGACAUGGAACUUUUUCAUCAGAAUCAUCUAGUGGUGAAGGUUCCCCCAUAUCACGACCAGACAUUGACCUCCCCAGUGUCCGUUGGGAUUGCUGUAGUGACAAAUGCAGGGAGAACACAUGAUCUACAGCCUUUUACCUACACUCCUCUAACAGAGAAAGUUGAAAUACCAGUGAAAUCAGAACUGCCAGCCACAGUCAAGGCUUGUACCUUUGAAGAGCAGAUAAAAGCAAUGCAAACUGAGACCAGUUGUCUAAACAAUGUCUUAAUGUUACCUAUGGUCAAACGAGAAGAACCUAUGGAAGUUUCUUGCAAUGCAGCACCUUCAGACAUUUUUAAGCCUGUAGAGGCCCUUAGUUCAACCCAACAAAUCUUGGAGAUAAGUACUGUCCUUCCCUCUGCCACCAAGUCUUUUCCAAGCCCUGUGGCUCUUCAAUCCGUCGACUCCCAACAGCCAUCAGCUCAAAUAUUUACGACUCAAGAAACAUUAUCCACCAUUCAGAAGCAGGACAUUCCAUCGCCUGCGUCGUUCCAAGUGUCCUUGUCGGAAGACACGACAGUUCUCCAGCCUGUUCCCCCUCAGGUCCCUCAACAGUUCUUGCGUGAAACCCCAGAAACUUUGUCUCCAGAAGACAGCAGUGCAGAUGGAAGUGGAAUGGUACUGGUGGGCAUAGACUCUCGGAAUCCUCCAUCCCAACGGCCACAGGUUCAGGCGCUUUUGCCCCAGGAUGGAGUUGCACAGCUAGAGAGAGCAGUAAGAGAGCUGCAAGCACAACAGCAGCUAAAUUCUGUACUUUAUAGCCCGACACCGUCUGCAGAGAGCCUUCAGCAACACGUCCAGGAAAACAUGAACAGUUUAAGGUUGGGUGGAAAUGAGACAACUCUAACAAACCAGCAACAGCAGCAGCAAGAGCAGAAUAUAUUGGAGAAUCUUCAGCAACAGCAACAGAAGGCACUUGUGGAUCUACAACAUCAACAGACAGUCCUUGAAAAUUUGCAGCAACAUCAGAAGGUCUUGGAAAACCUCCAGCAGCAGGCUCUUGGCAAUAUUCAGCAGCAGCAAACACACAAAGUUUUGGAGAAUCUACAGCAUCAACAGCAGCACCACCAGAAAGUCCUUGAGAAUAUUCAGCAACAAAGUUCUAUAGUUACUCUGCAGCAUCAAAAAGUUCUCGAUAAUCUUCAGCAGCAGCAACAGCAUCAACAACAUUUAGAAACUCUUCAGCAUCAGGAAGUAUUAGAGAACCUAAAGCAACAAUUGGAGUCAGAGCUCUUGCAGACACAGAUUCCAAUGCAGUGCACACCUAGCUUCGCUAGUGAACAGCAGAGCUCCACACAGACUAAUACUCUAUCGCAGCCCUCCGAAGGCUUCCUCCAGAACCCGCCCCAGCAGCAACUGCAGCAGCAGACUGCUCUUUUCCAACAGACAGGAGGUCUUAUGACCAUUCAGACAUCAAGUUUUCUGCAGCAGCCUCCAUCUCAACCCUCACCUCCUCAGCCACUUUUUCAGGGUCAUAACCCCUUGACUGAAACGCAAGACUCACAGACAGUACUCUUUGGAACCACAAAGCCACCACAAGUUCAAGCAACCUUAUUUCCUGGAACCAUGACAAUGCUAACAAGCACCAAUCUGCCCACAGAUCAGCAGGCUCCUUCUGCCAGCCUGUUUAUUGCGCAAAGUGUGCUGCCUAGCCAGCUAUCAUCUGAUAGUAACCAGAACCAGCAGCAGCAACAGAUAGCUUUCCUCACGCCCAUGCAGACAUCUGGAACAGAAGCUCAGACUGUCUCACUCUUCCAGGGACAAGCACAGUUGUCCACCCCAAUGGAACAACAACAGUCUCCUCAACAACAACAGAUGGCAACACCCCAACAGGCCCCUCUUUUUCCAAACAUUGCCACAAUAUCCCCAAAUCAAGCACAGCAGCAACCACAGACAGGCAUAUUGUUCUGUACCACAACCAUUAAUCCCCAUGAUCUGCCCCAGGCUCUGCUAUUCAGUGGCCAGAACCAAGCUCCACUAGGAAGUGACCGUCUCCCAGAGAAUAUCUUUCAGGAGCAGCAACCCAUGCAAGUUGUUCCAAGCUCUGAAAAUGUUACUGUGAACAACCCUUCAAACCAACCCACCGCCUCAGCAGCCCAGCCAACUCCGAAUCCAUCAAUUAUUUUUCCACAAGCCAGUGUUGCCCAACAAGACUCGGCAGAGCCAAUGUCUUUUCAAGACCAGAGCACCGUUGUGAGUGACUCGUCUGCCAGUAUGCCUUCAACACGGACAGAACUUUUUCAGGACCAGCAACCUAUGCAGGUUGUCCCCAGUGCCACCAGCGUAACCCCUGUCUCUCCUACGGACCAACCUUCUGUCAACAUUUUUUUGCCUCAGUCAGCAAUUUCAGCUCUGCAAGGUGGUGUAGGUGCUCAGGAGUUACCUCCAACUGCCACUGCGGCCACCAUCUUUAGUGGACAGAGUGGUGUGGCAGUGGGCGGUCUCCAGAACACCUCAUCUUCCGCCCCUCAGCAACCUCCCAGCCAACUCUUUCAGACAGCUAUUGGGGGAAAUCUCAGCCAACCUGGACAACCAGGACAAGCAGGCAUUUUUCUUUUUGAGAUUCCCAGUGAAUGUGGACCGCUAAUGAAUUCUCCUGGUCCGUCAUUGUCAGAUCAGCUUGUUACCAUGGGCCAUCCUGGAUCGGAUCAGUCCCAGCUUCAAACUAGUGCGCAGAUUCACCCCUUACUGGACCAGUCCAACAACCUCGAAGAUAAGAUAGACGAACUUCUGGAACGUUUUCAGGAGCAGGGAAAGACUCUCCCUAGGGAUUUCUUGGACCAUUAAAGAUAAGUAGUCAUAAACCUCAAUCCAGUAGACCACCGUCCACACUGCUUGUCGAUGUUUCUUUACAUCUCGUGUCUCGUGUAGGUAUUAUCUAAUCUUGGGGGGCGUCUCACUUGGGGGGUCUUCACUUGUAUCUAUGUUUCUGAAAGCUUGUAAUGUGUUGUUUUGGCGGGACUUGUUACGUAUGGAUCUCGCCACAGCUCCUUUUCUUGAUGGACAUAAAAGGGUCCACUUCAUUGAGGCCACUGUUUGGCAUGUCAACAUAUCAUGUGACCCAUUAAGCCAUUAAGUAUAUUGGCACUUUGCUACUUUGUAUUGUGUUCUCUUGACUUCCACUUGAAUCUUGUCCAUUUAUUGCCAUCAUUAAUCUGUUUUCCAGUAGAAACCAACCUAGUUCAACAUAAAUUCAAAAACUGUUGCCGUUGAGAUACUAAUACAUUGUGAAUGAAUUUGAAAUAUAUUUAGCACUUUAGGGAGCUUCUCCCUUUUAGCUUUGUAACCCAUAUGUGUCUACCUGGCUAUCAAAGCUUUUCAUGUUUUGAUAGUCGUAAUGCUUUUCUAAAAACGUGUUUGUGUUUCAUUACUCUUCAGUGUCUCUUUUCAGAUUCUAGCCUAUUUUAUGAGCCAUGUUUUUUAUGUGUUUGAACGUUUGACAUGUUCAUCUAAUCUCUCCAUUUUCACGUAACGUUUAAAGUCGAGAUGCUCUGUGUGUAAAUCACUCCUCCCCUUCCCCUCUCUUUUAGUUUUGUUUUAUUUAAUUUUAUUUAAACGAUCAAGAGGUCCAACUUGUAGACAUGAAUUCCUAUCAGGGAUGUGAAAAUGUGCAACAUUGCCGUUGAGAUAUGUGAACAGAUUGUAUUAUCAUCCACCAGAGCGUCUACAAUGUGUGUUCGUGUGCUCGGCAGAAAGACGUGGAGCACGUUUGUACUAUAUAAGAUGCAGCUACGUUCAACGAUUUCGAAUUAUAUGUGGUUCAUGGAGAUUUAUUCGAAUAAGCACAAGCUCGGGAAGCGGAUUUGUCGUGGUGGUGCGUUUAAGAGAUAGUUCAGCCGAAUAUGAAAAUCAAUAUUUACGCCAUUCCAAACUGGUGUGACCUUCUUUCAACUGUGGUGCUCAAAAAACAUUAAACUGAAGAUGUUUUUUGUCUUCGUGAGGAAUGCAUUGAGAGUUACCCUGGAAAUUCUGGAUGCGUUCCUCACGUCAGCAUCUGAAAACUUGGGAUAUUCUGCACUUUUAACAAGUUUUUUUUGACUUGGUCAUACAGAUUUUGAAUGGAAUGACACGAGCAGGAUAUUUAUUGCCGACGUGAACCGUCACAACUACGAGGGUGUUUUUUGGGCAGCUUAAAUGGAAGUUAGGUCCAUGUAUUUUCUUGAGGGUUUAAGAAGGGAUUGGUUUGUAUUCACCUCUGCAAGUUACAAUAAACCUCAUCUACGAUCAGAGUCGAGGCUCAGUUAAAACCAGAUAAAUUCCCAAGUUUUAAAACAAGCUAUGAUGAAGACUGCUUCAUACCAUCACUGCACGACAAUCUCAUCAUACACGUUUUUAAAACGAUCUUUCGGAAAACACGAAAGCUUGUAUCAGUCAUGCGUCCUAACUGGAAGAUUUCUCUACAAGCAAUGGUCAGAAUGAAAAAUAAAUGGGUUGAUGUUGACCGAAUGCUGCUGCAUUUUGUCAUAACUGAUACUAAUUGGUUGUUUACAUCAGUCUUGAUUUAAAAAAAAAAAAGCUGUUAAUUAUUCGUUAUAACUCAUUGUCGUUGUCACACCCUCGCUGAGGAGGUCUGUUGCUCUGAUAUUUGAUUAAAUCACAUUUAUUUGACAUUUGACUUGUUCGUAAACACAUGCAGUCUUUUAAAAACCAUUUUUAAGACAACAUCAAUGUACUCUAUUCUAAGAAGCAGCUUUUGCAUUGACAAUAUUCUCAUGCAAACUUAAUGUGAGGUAGUUCUAUUUAAAAUCUUCAUAAACAUCUUUGCUUUCAUAAGUCAGUUAUUUUUACAUCACCUUCUCUUGCCUUUGUAUUCUUUUAAGUAUGCUUUAUGUAAAAUUUGCAUAAUUACUAUUGUAAAUAGUAGAUUGGCUGUUUUAAGUGUGCUGUUCCUUUGUGAGGUAGCAGUUUGUUAAAAGCGUGCUCUCUUUGUAGUAAAAACAUAAUAUCUCACCUGCAAGUGAGGCGUACAUACAGUAUUUUUGUAAGACUGAAUUUCGAAAUGUACUAUGUACAUUUUAAACAUUUUAAAAGUGAAUUGUCCCUUCUGCAGUACUGUACUUCAUAUGUCAAUAUUCAGAGCGGUGGAAUGAUGGUUUUUGUCCCCCAUCACUGUGUUACAAAAUGGAGAUUGUUAUUUGUUUGGUAAGUGAAAUUCAAUUACAAAACAAUUACAAAAAGACUGGUUUUGGGUGUGGGUGAAUCUCACACAGACUAAUAGUGUUUUUUUUUUUUUUUUUUUUUUUCACAUUCCACCCCAAAAUUCUAAAGAAAAAAAUCUAAAUUGAGUUCUCGUUAUUGUAAGACGAAACGAUUCUUAAUUUAAAUCCUAAAUGGCUGUUACAGUUGUUUUGUUAAAUGACAGAUUUUUGAGAGGGAAAAACUUUUUUUGAUUUUGGGGUGAAAUAUGACUUGGAUAUUUCUUUGUGAGAUGCAUAGGCUAAUGUCCUGGAACUUUGUUCCACGCAAAGCCAUAAAAAAUUAAAAACUCUGAAAUCAGAGUGUAAGAAUGUGUGUGUUUUACCUCAUGCUGUAGGACAUAUAGAUUCACACUACAUCUAACCUAAGGACCAAUUAAGAAGAAAAAAAAAACGUUUUCUCAAAACAAGGCAGCAAAAUCAAUGUCUUUUGAUUAUUAAUCAUUUGUCCAUUGUGUUUUUUGGUACUGAUGCUCCAGCUUACGUCAAAAUCAUACUGUAUGUAUUAUGAACAAAAAUAUAUUUCUGCACAAAUCCGUCAUUAACGUUUAUUUCAUCAUAUUGUGCUUUUUGAUUGAAAGUACUUUGUGCCUUUGCAAGCCUUUCCUCUUACUUCUAAAGGACCUUUGUAUAUACUUAGAUGUUGGGAUUACUAGUUCUUAAUCCAGAAGUAAAAGACUACCGUUUUUUUGUUUGUUUGUUUGUUUUUAAUUGACAUCGGUCAAAUUGUCAUUAACCAGUCUGUCGGUGUAGUCUCAAAUACAUCUGAACAUUUAUAUCAUGAAACUGCUAUGCAGCCUCAACUCACUUAUUUUAUUUAAAAUGUCGUCAUUCUCAUCCACUGGUGGUUAGCCUCUUGAAAUUUGUACGAUCAAGGUGUAAGGUUAAAGAAGGUUAUUGAUCUCACUGAUAACUGAUUUUUUUUGUUUGUUUGUUUGGCCAGGUGUUUGAAGAGUUUUUGUUAGCGAAUGCUAAAUUAAAAAUGGUUUGAAGAGCGCUUAACCCAAUCACCAGCAGUUAUUUGUGCUUUUUUUUAAUUUGAUGUGAAAGGUGUAUUUUGAAUGCACUCUUUUUACACGUUUUGGAAUUUCGUUUGCUUUCGUUUGAUGUGAUUAACGUCCAAUGCUUUUAAAGUUGUCGCAGGACGGUGGUUCUCAACCCCCCUUUAUUAAUUAUGAGUAUUUUCAAAAACUGCAUAACAAGUAAUUAAAGAGAUGAUUUAAAAUUGGUAAUUUUUGUUCGCAGGAACAAAUUUCUAUAGGUUUCGGUGAAAAAUAGAGUUGUCAUUUUGGCACACUGCAUGUGUCAAUUUAUUUAUUGUUAACGUUUUUAUAACUUGCUUUAAAUAAAUCAUCUAUUUGCCCCUUUGGAAGUUUACUGUCGCCCCCUGGUGGCCCCUGGUUGAGAACCACUGUUACAGGGAUAACCGUUCACUCAUGAGUGUGUAAGAAUGACAUUCAGUAUCGUGAAGAAACGUGAACUAAUGACAUUUGACGUAAAUAAACGUAUUUUGCUUUAAUCAGUACAUUUGUAUACUCCUGCAGUUAUAUUUCUGUAAGAUGUGCUGCUAUAUGAAUAAAGAUAGAUAUGAAGUUC